AUGACGACAGCAGAGCAGCAGCGUCCAAGAAUCUUUGUAACGAGCAAGACCGAUGAGGCACGUCAACGGCAAGCAAUAGAGAACUCAAAAAGACAUCAACAAAAUUGGCUGCAAGCAGAGGCUGCAAGGAAGCAGAGAAAGCUUGACCAAACCACGUCUCUACAGCAUUCGAACGCACCAAACGGUCUAGUAAGGUCUCAGUCUGCCGUACCAGUGCAGAAUUCCUCGCAAACAAAUCGCAAUAUGGCAUUCAGCCAGACGGCUCAGUCAAGAUCUCGCAGUGCAAUGGAUAGACCCUCGCGAGCAUAUCGGAACACUCCUGUCCCGGAGAUCAUAGUGACAAGCCCUCAGAGUACAGUAUCACAACACUCACAGGUACGGGGGGGCGCAGUGCCAGAUCUAUCAGGUGUCAUGACGACAGUCUGGACGCAACCGGUACUUUUCGAAGGGAGUUUGCAGCAGACUGACGAUACCGAGCAAAAGUCGAGGGCUGGCAACAGAUCGGCAGACAACCAUAGAACACCUGUAUAUUCUUCGCGUGCUCAGGAGUGGGGAACAGUAGGGAUAUCAUCACCUGCAUUGUACGCUCCACAGCCUCAGCGGCCUCCUCCAUUGAUUCUACAAAGCGAUAUGUAUACAUCGCAAGCUCAACGCCUCGAGAAUCUUCGACACUUUCUCGGGCAAUCCGGAUCCCGUCCAGAUGUAUUGAUUCCAGGGCAGAGAGAUCCAUCGGCUUCCUUUUCUCCAGAGUACUGCAUAGAUUCUGAACUACAUUUUCCGCACAGCGUUACUCAGUUCGCCCACCCCAUUUGUCAUAUGCCGAAUGAUCGCUAUCGACCCAUCAAUUCAUCAGCACAGAGAUAUCACUCUCCUUCACCAGAACAGCGUCCUGGGUAUCCCACCCCACCGCCUGCAACGCCAGCGCAACAGAGACCACACUACACCAAACAAGCAUCCCCAACUAACGACAGUAGGACACCGCGAAACAACUACCCUCCAACCCAACCCACGACCCCCACACACUACACCACACACCACGAACCGUCCGCAAAUCCAACUCAACCCAUUUCCAGCCCAGCCACGCACCUCCACAACAUCAACCAAACAGCAUCAACUCUGCAUCCUCCCAGCAAACACAUCGCACAACCUCCAUCCCAACACAUACCAGAGCCCGUCCACGGCAGAACCCCUCCACCCCGCCCACUGAGUCUCCAUCUCCCGCUACCGCUACACGCAGACCCCAAGAUCAAGAGACACUUAACCCCUGAUCUCCCCAUGGCUACGACGGCUAAGGUGAACGUUGAAAGGCGGGCGAGGAGUGCGACGCCGAGUGUGCUGCCGAAAACGAGGGUUCUGACGGAUGGGCGGGGGAGGUAUGUUGGAAGGACUAGGUGA